UAGCACCUGGCUCUAUUAAUGAUUAAUGCUCCAAAGCUGGGAGCAUCCUCUUCAGGAGUGCUGGGGAUCCAAGAAUAAGGUGGAUGUCUCAGAAGCCAGAGAGGGCCGACCCAGGAAAAAUGGAAGACAGAGGAACAUAACACGGGAAUAAAGAAGCAAAAGCAGCCAUGGUGAAGCCAUCCAACUGCUCCCUUGAAGGGGGGAGUUUCCCCCUUUCAUCGGAAUUCCUUCAAGUGAUAAAGAAGGAUCUCUGGAUAUUCCUUGUUCCCGUGGUGGUCGGAGUUGUCCAGUUGGCCUUAUUUCUAGAGGAGAUGGGAUUCUUCCUGAGGAACAUCCAAAGCUCACGUAGGACUUGCCUUUACCUCUGGAUCUUAGGAGUAUACCCAGUAUUCUGCAUCUCCUCCAUCAUUGGAAUGUUCAUCCCUCGUUCCUCUGGCAUCUGCAACUUUGUGGCUUCCAUAUAUCACUCCAUAACGCUGUGGAAGUUCCUGGAAUUGAUCACAGAUUAUUUUGGCGGUAAAAGCCAGAUGCUGGAAGUGCUGGGAAAUCAGACGGUGUCACCCAACCCUCCGCCAUGCUGCUGCUGCUGUUGUUUUCCCAACAUCCAAGUGAACAGGAGCAAUUUGAGGUGGAUGAAUAUUGCCGUGUACCAGCUGUCUGUUGUCCGUACGCUUUUGUUCUUUGUGGGCCUCAUUUUAUGGACAGACGACAAAUAUGACUACGGAGAUCUUGAUUACACCAACCCAAACUCUUAUAUCAAUGUCAUCAUUGGCCUGUCCACAUUCCUUUCGUUUUACGGCUACCUUCUCUUCUACAAGGCUACCAAGAAGGCCCUGGAAGGCUACAGUCCUCGCUCCAAAUUUAUCUGCAUCACGCUAGUUCUGGUUCUGUGUGGUCUGCAAAAUGGCAUCCUGGAAACUAUGAGUGCCUUAGGGGCCAUCCCUUGUGUGCCACCCUGGACUGUUGAGACCCGAUCACAGACCAUCUACAAUUACUCAAUCACAUUAGAGAUGUUUUUCAUCAGCUUGUUUGCCCGCUAUUGUUUUUGCCGGGUGGAGCCGUGUCCAGAAUCACUGGCCCAGGAAAUGGUGCAAAACAAAUCUUCCCAGACCACCUUGGCUGAUCUGUACAGCCUGCCUGAGGACGAAGGUGUUCGCAUCAACGCUGCUUACAUGAGUGAAGGAGAUGAGACUUUAUGCCACAUCGAACAUGCUCCACUUGACAAGUAUGACUUCCUCCAGGAGAAUGUGACCGUUCCCAUGCGCAACAGCAGAGUCAUGUCACGGGCACGGAGCAGUGGACUGGAGCUGGGAAACAUGAACCUGCCACAGGCACGUGAUGUGUCUGACGGCGCAAAGGCACCCAAAAAUAGGCUUCAAGUACAGGCACAGAUUAAUUACAUUGAUGAUGCCACAGUGGUGUAGGCGCUCAAUGUUUUUUGGUUGAAAAUGUUUCAGAUUUAAAGUAGAUAUAAUUGAAGGCAAAACUUUUUUGAAACUGUUGAUAGAGUCGAGAGAGAUUAAAACCCCUGUCUGUUUUUUUUGCUA